CAACAAAAAAAUUCAAGUGAAGUAGAGGAAUUUAGUUUGUCCAACUCCUGAUAUGCUUUAAAUUUUGUUUGUCCAACUCCUGAUAUGCUUUAAAUUUUGUUUGUCCUUUCUCUUCUAUUCCCCUCCUAUAAGUCAUUUGCCUUAGGCUCAUACAAGAGUAAUACACCAUAACAAAGCAAGAAUAUAUAGGUGAUCAAAAGUUGAUGAAUUUGUGAAGAGAUUGCUGAUUAUAGUGAUGGAAUUCCCUGAACUUUCAUUGGCUCCUUCUCAUCUUUCCAAUUAUGAAUCUCAUGAAAUCAAUCUCCCAGUGAAGAGGAAGCAAGAAAUGAUUCAAGCAAGUGUUGAUCUUCAACUUAAAGACCCUCUUCCUUUGGAUUGGGAGCAAUGUCUUGAUCUUGAAUCAGGAAGAAUGUAUUACCUGAAUAGGAAAACAUUGAGGAAGACAUGGGAUUGGCCAAAGGAUCAAAAGCUAGACCUUGAAUUAAACAUAUCAUCAAGUUUCAACCAUCAAGAAACAAUGGAUGAUCAUCAUCACAACUACUACUCGAAGAAGCAAAACUACUCAUCAUCAAAUUACAAAGGCAACAACAGUGGAAGCAGCAGCAGUAUGAUAGCAUUGCCAUGUUCAAAUUGUCAUCUAUUAGUGAUAGUGUCAGAGUCAUCACCUUGUUGUCCUAAUUGCAAGUAUGUUCAUGACUCUCUUCUUUCCAACAAAGAUAAUGCCAACUCCACCCCAAAGUGUUAUGACACUUUGAGCCUCUUGAACUAGAUUACUUGUACUACUAGUCUACAACUACUACCUGAUAGUUGGUUUGAAGAAAAAGUUAUUAAUAUCAGGCCAAUAGGUGGUUACAAAGCUAGCUAGCAAUCCUCCAAGUACCAUCGUAUGUCAUCAUGUAGUCUCUCUUUCUUUUUUCUCUUCUUCUUUUUGUUCCUGUGUACUUAAAAUCGUAAAUAACUUUCAAACAUCACUUGAUGCA